AUGAUUAUCGUCGUCAGGAUUCAUGUUCUCACAUCACCUGUCCAGGCAUUCAAAUAUGAGAAUUCCCGCAGAUAUCAUUCCUACCGGGAAGGAUCAUACUGGGGUCCUAAUGAUGAACAAGAUGCAUUGCAUCAGACGGUCACCCACCGGCUUUUCAGCCUUCUCCUGAACGACAAGCUCUAUCUCGCUCCGCUUGCAAAUCCUCGUAAUGUUUUGGAUAUCGGGACUGGUAUUGGGCUGUGGACGACAAACAUGGCAGACGCCCACCCUACCGCCGAAAUCCUCGGCAUCGAUCUAUCGCCCACCUGGCACGACCCAUUCCGACCAAACUUGCGUCUCGAAGUCGACGACUGCUGCUCCAACUGGACGUAUGCAGACGAAGGCCGCGAUGCGUUUGAUUUUGUGCAUAUCCGUUGUCUGUACGGCAGCAUCCACGACUGGCCACGUCUGUACCAGCAGGCCCUUGAGCACCUCAAGCCUGGAGCUGGAUAUAUCGAGCAAGCGGAAAUCUCCCUAGUGCCGCAGUUUUGCUUGCUGGGCGGCCACGAAGAUAGUGUGUUUGUGGAAUGGUAUGAGUUUUGGCGUGACUGCGGUAGGAAAAUGGGCAAGUCCUGGUUUGUUGCGGAUAAUAUGGCCCGGCUUAUCUAUGAUGCUGGGUUUGAGGAUGUUUGCGAAACGCGGUUUUUGUUGCCUCUUUUUGGCGGCAACGACAAUGACCAUGACCAUGACGAUGUUACCGAAGAUAAUAUGUGUAAUAACAGCGCCCGGCGGAGGGAAAUUACAAGAUGGUUCAAACAGUUCUGGGAGACGGGCAUGGAGGGAUGGAUUCUGGCGACUAGCACGAGGUAUAUGGGGUGGACUGCAGACCAAGCCCGAGAAUUUGUCAAAAGAACGCGCGAUGCAUUGAUGAACGGAGAGAGUGAUGUGUAUUAUGAAAUGGUUAUCGUGUAUGGGCGGAGACCUGAGAGUUAA